GGAUUAUUCAACAAGUGGCUGAGCCCGUUUAGCCAUCCGAAGCAGUAGUGGAUAGAGACCUACAUUUUUUUGGAAACUCUCUUCCAAAAAAACAACAAUAAACCGGUGUAUUAAAUUCUGAACCAACUCUGUAAAAGGCGCUGCAAUACGAUUUGUUCAAGGGGAUAUAUCUUUCGGACAGGUGGAAUGGCGCGUGCGUUGACUUGGAGAGCGCAACAUAGCUGUGCAGGAAACUCAUUUUACUGUUGUCAAGGGCAGGAUUCAACACCUGAGGACCUACUAUCUCCGUGAAGACUCCAUCUCGGCUCUGUUUUGCAUUCUUUGUUGUGAUAUGCAGCUCAAGUAUCCUCCUAAUUAAUUGUGGUUUAAAUCAUUUUCGGAGACGGUGUUAUGGUCUUAAAACGAGAUGAUGCACGCGAAUGCAUGUCGCAUAUCACGUGUCAUAAGAGAAAACAAUGAUGCGAAGACGGUGUUGUUUUCAACUGGCUUAUUAGUUGUUGCAACGAGUAUGUUAUAUAUAUAAUAUAUCAAUGGUGGGAGAAAAUGUGAAAGCUCCGAAUAAAGGAGAAUUCUUAGAAUAACUCGAUUUUUUUGCCGAACAACGUAGGCAACACGGCGUACACGCAUAGCCAGCGAUUUAGUUACUUUCUAAGAUACCUGCAGCUACUCGCACCCCCUUUAAUGGUGCGGUUCGAUAAAGAAUUUUGAGGGGAAGUUGGAGACACCAGGAUUAAUUAUGGUGGUGGAGAUGGUACUUCUCGCUGCACGGCAAGGAGAUGUGCAAACUCUGAAAGCGCAGUUCACGGAGAAGAUACUGAACAGCGAAGUGAGGGACCCGCUCGGAGCCACUCCGGUCCAUCACGCGGCGCGGUCUGGGAAACUAACCUGUGUCCAAUACUUAGUGGAUGAAGCGGGCUUACCUGGGAACCCUGUUGCGAAGAAUGGAGCGACUCCGGCUCACGACGCCGCUGCUACGGGCAACCUGGCCUGCCUACAGUGGCUAAUUACGCAAGGAGGCUGUCGCGUAGCGGACAAGGACGGCUCUGGCGCGUCCGUCUUGCACCUGGCGUCCCGCUUCAGCCACCACGAGAUCACCGACUGGCUGCUGAAGACCGGGGAAGGGGACCCACGUGUUGCCACGGAUACCGGGGCGCUGCCAGUCCACUACGCCGCCGCCAAGGGAGACUUCCCCUCCCUCCGACUGCUGCUGGGACACAGUCCAGACGUAGUCAAUGCCCAAACAAAGAAUGGUGCCACACCCCUUUACUUGGCCUGUCAAGGGGGUCACUUGGAGGUUGUCCAGUACCUAGUGAAGGACUGUGGGGCGGAGCCUCAUAUCAGAGCCAAUGAUGGGAUGACACCUCUGCACGCUGCUGCCCAGAUGGGACACAGCACUGUCCUUGUCUGGCUGAUGAGCUUCACGGAGAUCAGCCUGACAGACCGGGACAGCGACGGUGCCACAGCCAUGCACUUUGCCGCCAGCCGGGGCCACGCCAAGGUCCUGAGCUGGCUGCUGCUCCACGGAGGGGAGAUCGCCCUGGACGGCUCGGGCGGGACACCGCUCCACGACGCUGCUGAGAACGGGGAGCUGGAGUGCUGCCAGAUCCUGGUGGUGAACGGGGCGGAUCUGGGCAUUCGGGACCAGGAUGGCUUCACCGCGGCGGACCUGGCCGAGUACAACGGGCAGACCCAGUGUGCCAAGUACCUGCGCACCGUGGAGAACAUGAGUGUGGAGCACCGUCUGCUGUCCCGGGACCCCUCCGUCGACCUGGAGUACAAGCAGCCCGAUUCUGGGCUCUCCUCCCCCAACACCACCAUGUCCUCCUCGGUGCAGCCAGCCCGCUUUGAAGUGGGCUCCCCCUCCAGCACCCUGUCCAACUACGACUCCUGCAACUCCAGCCAGUCCAGUACAGGGGAGAAGAGGAGCACUGCUCCUCCUGCACAGGCCUCCACCAGUGCCUCAGAUACAGCCAUCUCGGACAUGCAGACCUAUAUGGACAUGCUCAAUCCGGACGUGGGGGCAGGAACGCAGAGCAUGGACAUGCCCAGAGAUGUGUCUCCGCCCCCUCCUCCGGCUUUCCCGCCCCCUCCACCGCCACUACCCGACAGCACGCAGGUGCCGCCCCCCCACCCUGGCUACCCCCCACCCAAGCCGCCUGAAGAGCAGCCCUCUGCAGCGGUCUACCUGAAGGUGAAGAACAGCCUGAGGCAUGUGGACACUGAUGCCAAUAAGGGAGAGUUGGCUCCAGCUGAAAACCCGGACCGGCUACGCAGAGUCGACUCCAACAGGAAGUCCCGAAACUUCAACAAGCAACCCAGCACUGGGGACUACUACAAGGCCCUGGGCAGCAGCGCAGCCGACCACCCUGGGACCGGAGCCAUGGCACCUAACGAGGAGGGUUCUCAGCUGUUGGAGGAACCAGCGCAGAGCGCCCCCAGUCCACAGAAUGGAGCGGCAGGCGACGCACCCGCACCUCCUCCUCCACCCCCCCUGCCCGCUGCCACCCCACCCCCACCCCCUCCGCUACCCUCAGAAAAAACGACACCCCAGCCCGCCACCACACCCCAGCCCGCCAGCACACCCCAUCGCCGCAUGUCGUCCUCCUCUGGAAUGGCUGUCUCCUCCUCUGACCUGUCCCCCACUGUCUUGUCUGACUCCGCCCCUUCUUCCACUGUCCGCCCGGACGCGGUGGUGCUCAGGCAGAUGAAGAGCGCAAAGUCCUUCAACAUGAUGUCCCCAACCGGUGACAACUCCGAGCUGCUGGCUGAAAUCAAAGCUGGGAGAAGCCUGAAGCCAACGCCUCUCAGUAAAGGAUACACAACGGUUUUCUCCAACAACGGGAAUGGCGGGAACAAUGACGAGAGUCCAGCGUCGGCACCCCAGACAGCAGCACCCGAGCCCUGCAAGCCUUCCUCCCCGCCCCCAGUGCAAUCGGCGCAAUCCGCCCAAUCCGAGCAGCCUUCCCAACCUGCCCAACCCGCCGCGCAAGCCGCGCAGUGCGCUGAACCAGCCCAACCCGCGCAACGUGCCCAACAGACCCAGCCUGCCCAGCAGGCCCAACCUGCGCAGCCUGCCCAACCAGCCCAACCUGCCCAACAGGCCCAACCCGCCCAACCUGCCCCAGCCGCGCAGCCCUGCUGUCCCCCGGCCCCUCAGCCGGCCGGCGCAGCGGCUCCCAAGUCGCCGCCGUCGUCCGCUUUGGUCAACGGCAACGCAGAGUCGCCGCAGACGGCCAAGUCCAGCCUGGUGGACCUGGAGGUGCUGGUGCCCACUCACGACGAGCAGGGCCGGGCCAUCCCCGAGUGGAAGAGGCAGGUGAUGGUACGCAAGCUUCAGACGAAGAUGCAGGAGGAGGAGGAGCAGAAACGCAAGGCAGAGGAAGAGGCUGCACUUCUGGCUUCCAUGCCGGCCUGGAGGAGGGACAUAAUGAAGAAGAAACUGGAUGAAGAGAAAGAACAAAAAAGGAAAGAGGAAGAACGGAUAAAAACGGAGAAGGAGAAUGAGGAGAAGACGGAGCUCGAGAGGCUGCGAACCUUGGGCUACGACGAGACCAAGCUGGCGCCAUGGCAACGGCAGAUUAUCCUCAAGAAAGGGGAUAUAGCAAAACAGUAGAGCUCGCCCGACUCCAGUCUAAAGCACCUUCUCCCUCCCAUUGCCUUCAAGAAACGCACCUGUGCUGCCACCCUGCUCCUCCCCCUCCCCUGUACCCCCCCCCACCCCCAUUCAGCCAGAGAACAGCCCCCCCCCCCUUAGGGAGGUGGGGGGGGUAGAACCGUGUGACAACCCAGCAUGACCGUAGCUCGACCGCCUGAACCGAGCUGCUCAGCCGGAGUGACUCCACUUUAACGUACAGUAGCGUUACCUCAUUCUCGUGAGCUUCACCACACUGGCUCAGCAUCUGAAUAGACAGCCCCCCUCCCCCACUGCUGUGUACAACACCUUUGUAGGUUUAACCCUCCUACUGAUGUUGUUUUCCUCACUAACGCUGUUCGCCCUAUUUUUUUCGGAGCUUCCUGUCUCUCAAAUCCAAGCACAUUGCCCAACAAUAUUGAUGUUUGUAGCUGUGUCAGAAGGGAGACAUCUGGUGAAGAGUUGUGUAAUAGGCACGUCUAUGUGUCUCAGUGAUGUAUAAAAUAUAUAUAUUUAUAUCUUAAGCUAUAUAUAUAUCGCUCGUACUAUACAUAGAAUCUUUCAUGAUGAAACACUCAACACAUCUGCAAAUGUAUGGGGGCAAUAAUGUGUUGUGGGCCUGCCUGUCCUUCUCUUAAACAAAAAAAGAAGAAAAAAAAAAACACUUCCGUAAGUUCAUCCUGAAUUUUAUAAGGUCUAAAAAUGGAACCGGGUUGAGGACAAUGUAGUCUUAUUAUAAGCUGUACAGGCAAGCAACUGUAAAUUGGUCUUUGUGUGGACUAAUGGAAGAAGAAUUCCGUUGUGUUGCAUUCUUGAACGUAAUCUCAGUAAACAGAGCCAAGGUGUCAGAAUGGUGAGCAGUGUGGAACUGUUCAGGCUGGCCAUUGUGAAGAGUACUGAAUGUGUCCUGAUGGUGAGCAGAAGUGUGUAUUCAUGUCAGGAAGCACUUUCUCAUUCCACGUGAAUUGCAGGUCCUUCAUUUCAGUGCAUCCGUCCAAUGUGCGGGGAUAAUUGAUAUCAGCACGGAUUAAUUCAAAGAAAAUAAGACAUGCAUGCAGUUUAAAAUUAAGCUGAGUAAACUCUUUACAGUUCAGAUUUCCAUACAUGAACAUAAUCCAUCAUGUACUGGUAAUGUUUGAAAUUGUAGAUGUUGCCGUAAUUCACUUAUUCUGAUGAUUUUGUAAUAAUAAUUAUGGUGAUUUAAUUUCUGAGAGAUUUAAGAAAGCAUCUUAGCUGAAAUUGUCAUUUUUAGAUGGCAUAUCUUAGCUAAAAAUAGGCCAAAACUCAUAAGAAUCAUUGGUACUUAAAACAGUUUUCUUUGAGGAAGUAAUCAGCAUGCAUAAGCAACGGAUCAAUAAUCGUUCUGCCAGUGUUAAGAAUAAAAUAGCAGUGCAUUUACGACCAAUUAUUAAAAAAUGAACGGUAUGGAUUAUGAUAAAUCCAACCAACAAAAACACCCACAAAAAAGGGUAGCUUUGUGGGAAGGAGCCAGAUUAAUUUCCCCAGAUUUAGUCCCUUGAGAUUGAGUUUAUAGAAGUAAAUCCUAUGUACAGACCAUAGAAGUCUGGGUUAUGAGACAGAAGUCUCAUUUAAAUCUCUCGCCUGGAAAUUUCAGUGUUGUGGUGAAUGCCUGCAGUUGCAGUAAGGAUGGCAAUCUGUCCUUAGUGCCAGGCCAUAUUCUGUAUGGGUGUCGAUGUUGGUUCAAUGGCACUCAUAUGGGGUGGGGUUGUCUGCAGCUGUUAACAUUACUAACACUGGACCAUUGGAAAUAUGUUCUCAAGCAAGACAUUUGUUUUUUGUGUUUUUUUUUAAUUAUAUUUGUUUUUGUUUUUUUUGUUUUUUUUUCCUGCAAUACACCAGAUUUGGAUCUGAUCGAUGCCUUGGUUUUCAUACCAAUUUUGGGUUGAAUUGUGAGAAUGCAUGAUAAAUAUCUGUGUGGCACCAAGCAAGGGACCAUACAUCGUCCACGUGAGACACAGGAUUAUUGCACAGUUGGUUCUAGGAUUUAGUCCCUUGUAGAUCUUUGACAUUCAUUUCAGUACGCUUUUAGGAUAACCCUCUAUAACCCCUUUUGUGGUGUAGUGUGGUAGAAUGUAUGUGUAUGAACCUCAUUGAUGUGCCGGACGUGUAUCUCUGAAUUCAUAAGGGCUGUUCCCUUUGCAGUAAUACACCUGCAGUAGGUUCAUGUAACGUGCUUUGGAUGUACAUUUUUACAAAUAAUAUAGAUAUAAAAUAUACCAAAAAAAAAAAAAAAAAAGAUAAACGCAUGGUCCUAAUUCAGAAGUCAUUUGGGAACAUUCGAUAUAUUAUUGGAUGCCAUAUUGAUGUUGCAAAUGAAAAUGUGUAUACGUCAUUGCCAUUAGCAUAUUUUUCUAUACAUAUAUACAUAUAUAUAUAUAUAUAAAUAUUGUGAGAUGCAAACCCUAAAUCCUUUGAUUCAUUAUUUUACUAUUUUCCGCCUUGCUUAAGUAGAACAUUUGUUUUAUUUGUGUAUAAACUGUAUUUUCUGACUGUCACACGAAUUUAAAUAAAUCUUGAAUCACUGAA